AUGAUUAACUAUAAGCCUGCCUUCACACCUACAGAGUUGUCUUCCAAAUUUUAUGGAUCUAGCCCACCUGUUGUUGAUCCAACGUUAUAUAGGAGUCUUGCAGGUGCUCUUCAGUAUCUCACUUUCACUUGCCCAGAUAUCACUUAUGUCGUUCAACCGAUCUAUCUUUACAUGGAUGACCCUCUUGAACCCCAUUUCACUAUGCUCAAACGCAUUCUCAUAUAUGUUCUAAGUACUACGAACCAUGGUCUUCAGUUGUUCAGUUCUCCGUCUCGUGAUCUUAUUGCAUAUUCUGAUGCCGAUUGGGGUGGUUGUCCGGUUACUAGACGCUCAACAUCUGGUUACUAUGUCUUUCUUGGACACAAUAUUCUUUCAUGGUCUUCUAAACAUCAGUCAAUGAUCUCUCGAUAG